GAGUUUCACUCUUGUUACUCAGGCUGGAGUGCAAUGGUGCGAUCUCGGCUCACUGAAACCUCCGCCUCCUAGGUUCAAGCAAAUCUCCUGCCUCAGCCUCCUAAGUAGCUGAGACUACAGGUGCGCACCACCAUGCCCAGCUAAUUUUUGUAUUUUUAGUAGAGACGGGGUUUCACCAUGUUGACCAGGAUGGUCUUGAUCUCUUGACCUCGUGAUCCACCUGCCUUGGCCUCCCAAAGUGCUGGGAUUAUAGGCGUGAGCCACCGCGCCUGGCCUAUUUAUUUAUUCUUCUUCAGACAGGAUCACUGUAGCCCAGGCUGGAGUGUAGUGGUGCAAUCUUGUCUCACUGCAACCUCUGCCUCCCAAGUUCAAAUGAUUCUCCUGCCUCAGCCUCCCAAGUAGCUGAGAUUACAGGUGUGUGCCACCACCCCUGGCUAAGUUUUGUAAUUUUAGUAGAGACAGUGUUUCUCCAUGUUAGCCAGGCUGGUCUCGAACUCCUGGCUGCAAGCGAUCCACCUGCCUUGGCCUCCCAAAAUGCUGGGACUAUAGGCAUGAGUCACUGCGCCUAGUCAAGAAUCGAGAUUUUUUAAACUAAGAAUCCAUUGAAACAAAAACAGACAAUAGAAUCAGCUCUACAGAUAAGUAAGAUACUGGGCUUAGAAGAUAGGCAACCUAAAAUAACUAUGAUUAAUAUAUGCAAGAGAGGAAAAGAUGAAGGAAAUAAAUUAAAAGAUAAAGAAGUUCUUUAAACUAUUAGCUUCACUGGAAAAGAAUACAAUAUAAAUCCUAAAAUUGAAAAGGACGAUGUUAAAGCAUUAAUAAAUGAGUUUGUACAUUGGACAUAGAACAAAAUAGAAUUAGUAAAGAGAGGUUAUUAGAAACUAUCCAAAAUACAACGUGGAUAAGAAUGAGAACUAUGGAACAGAAUUAAAAGACAGAAAAAAUAUCAGGGAAAAAAUUCCAAAGGAGUAGGAAGAGACAGAAAAAAAUAAAGCAAUAUCUAAGGAGAUACUAGCCAAGAAUUUUCCAAAACUGAAAAGAUACCAAGCUAUAGAUUUAGAAAAGCCUAAAUGGGAUAGGUUUAAAAACACACACACAAAAAACCCCACAACACUCAGCCAUAUUAUAUUAAAAUAGCUUUAAGGAGUACAGAGAGAAGGAAGAGAAAGAUAAAACAGUAAACAGCAAAGAAAAAGACACAUUACUUUCAAUGAAAUUUACAGGUGACUUCUCAGUAGAAGAUAAUGCAAGCCAGAAGACAAUAGAACGCUAUUUUUGAAAUGCUUUGUAAAAACAAAGAAACAACAACAACAAAAAACCCAAACUGCUGAACUGGUAUUCAGUACUCAGUAAACACAUCCUUUAUAAAUUAAGGUGAAACAAAAUCUCUCUUUCUCCUGGCUCAGCCUCCAGAGUAGCUGAGAUUACAGACGUGCUCUACCGCGCUUGGCAUCACCAUUUUCCCAAGAGUGGAAAGACAUUUUUAAACAAACAAAUAUCUAGAAAAAAAUUCACCUGUGCUUGCCCUACAGUAAACAAACAGGAAAACUGAAGUGAGUUCUUCAGACUAAAGAAAAAUGAUCCCAAAGAGAAACAUGGAAAUCCAGGAAGAAAAGAGCAAGACUGAAAAGAGUACGUUUGUGAAUGUAUAUACAAAUAACUGUUGACUGCAUAAAACAAUAAUAUAUAUUUUUUAAAAAGGUAAAAAGAAAAAAACUUCCCUGGGAUCCUGGAGUUAGGUUUACCUUUCCCGGUCUCUCUCUCGCGAGAUCUGGAAACCGGAAGUGAGUUAUUUUGCAGGAGUCUACGACAGUUGGCAGCUCUACUUAUUAAAGUUGGCGGGAGCUGAGCGGUCAGUCGGGCCUGGGCUGGCUGUGGUGUAGAGCUUGAAGGCAGCGCUCCCCUCCUCUGGCCGGCAGAAUGCGGGUGGCUGUGGCCGGCUGCUGCCACGGUGAGCUGGAUAAGAUCUAUGAGACGCUGGCGCUGGCGGAGCAGCGCGGUCCGGGGCCUGUCGACCUCUUGCUGUGCUGCGGCGACUUCCAGGCGGUGCGCAACGAGGCGGAUCUACGCUGCAUGGCAGUGCCGCCCAAGUACCGCCACAUGCAAACCUUCUACAGGUAUUAUUCUGGAGAGAAGAAGGCCCCAGUUCUCACACUUUUCAUUGGGGGAAACCAUGAAGCCUCAAAUCAUUUACAAGAGUUACCCUAUGGUGGAUGGGUAGCACCAAACAUUUAUUAUUUAGGUUUGGCUGGUGUGGUAAAAUACCGAGGUGUAAGGAUCGGUGGAAUCUCUGGUAUUUUUAAAUCUCAUGACUAUCGAAAAGGUCAUUUUGAAUGCCCCCCUUAUAAUUCAUCUACAGUCAGGAGUAUAUAUCAUGUGAGAAAUAUUGAAGUCUAUAAAUUAAAACAGCUGAGGCAGCCUAUAGAUAUAUUCUUGUCUCAUGAUUGGCCAAGAAGUAUAUAUCAUUAUGGAAAUAAGAAGCAGCUUCUCAAGACUAAAUCUUUUUUCCGACAAGAAGUGGAAAAUAACACAUUAGGAAGUCCAGCUGCCUCAGAGCUUUUAGAGCAUCUAAAACCUACUUAUUGGUUUUCUGCCCACCUUCAUGUGAAGUUUGCCGCCUUGAUGCAGCAUCAGGAAAAGGAUAAAGGACAGACAGCCAGAACAACCAAAUUUUUAGCCUUGGACAAAUGCUUACAGCAUAGAGAUUUUCUUCAGAUAUUAGAAAUAGAACAUGACCCCAGUGCUCCUGAUUGCUUGGAAUAUGAUAUUGAAUGGCUCACUAUUCUCAGGGCUACAAAUGAUCUUAUUAAUGUGACUGAGCACCUAUGGAAUAUGCCUGAAAAUAAUGGCCUUCAUGCAAGGUGGGAUUAUAGUGCAACAGAAGAAGCUAUGAAAGAAGUAUUGGAAAAAUUGAAUCAUGACCUCAAGGUUCCAUGUAACUUUAGUGUAACAGCUGCUUGUUAUGAUCCUAGCAAACCACAGACACAAAUGCAGCAGAUUCAUAGGAUCAGUCCUCAGACUACUGAAUUUUGUACCCAGCUUGGCAUCACAGACAUCAAUGUUAGACUUCAGAAGUCCAAGGCAGAGCAUCACCUGUGUGGUGAAGAUGAGGAACAGGAUGAUGUGGAAAGUAAUGACUCUGGAGAAGACCGGAGUGAAUAUAAUACAGACACAUCCGCUCUGUCUUCUAUUAAUCCAGAUGAAAUAAUGUUAGAUGAAGAAGAUGAAGAUAGUAUUGUAAGUGCACAUAGUGACAUGAAUACACCAUCUGUAGAACCUUCUGAUCAAGCUUCUGACUUUUCUGCAAGUUUCUCUGAUGUCAGGAUCUUGCCAGGCUCUAUGAUUGUAUCUUCUGAUGAUACAGUGGAUUCCACAAUUGAUAGAGAGGGGAAACCUGGUGGGACUGUGGAGUCAGGAAACGGAGAGGACUUAAGCAAGGUGCCAUUGAAGAGGCUGAGUGGUGAACAUGAACCUGAACAAAGAAAGAAAAUUAAGAGGAGGAAUCAAGCCAUUUAUGCUGCAGUAGAUGAUGAUGAUGAUGAUGAUGCAGCUUAAGACAAUUUACUUGUUUUGUUUUUGUUUUUGUUUUUUUGAGAUGGAGUUUCACUAUUGUCACCCAGACUGGAGUACAAUGGCACAAUCUUGGCUCACUGCAACCUCCGCCUCCUGGGUUCAAGCAAUUCUCCUGCCUCAGCCUCCCAAGUAGCUGGACUACAGGCGCAUGCCACCACACUUGGCUAAUUUUUGUAGUGACAGGGUUUUACCAUGUUGGCCAGGCUGGUCUUGAACUCCUGACCUCAGGCAAUCCACCUGCCUUGGCUUCCCAAAGUGCUGGGAUUACAGGCGUGAGCCUUUGCGCCUGGCUGACAAUUUACUUGUCUUAGUAUUAUAUUUAGAUACGUGAUUUUUGAGACCCUAUUUUUACAGAUGAAUUUUUGACUAAAGACUUAAUUUUAUAAUAAUGAAAUUACACAAGAGAAGUUUAGUUAGGUAUUGACUUUAGGCUUUUAUAUGUUUCAGAUGCAAACAUUAAAAUUUCAUAUAUUUACUUGACUGGGUAUUUUUUUUAAAAGACAUACAUUCAUACAGUAUUCACUUCUAUUGUUAUAAUAAACAGUUAUUAAACAUCUACUUUGUGCCAAGCACUCUGCUAUAAUAUGGGAUGAUAAAGAUGAGUAAGAGGGAUUUUUGCCUCUAAGGACUUGCUAUCACUGUCAACAUUUUGGUGUAUACAAUAUGGCUAUAUUAUAUUUUGUUUUACAAAAUCAAGUCAUUGUAUUUAUUAUUAUGUAUGCUUUCUUUUCAUUUAUUAUAAAUAUUUUUCCCAGUCUGCUUUUAAUAUCUGUCAAAUAAAAAUUGAAAUUGAAGAUGAUAUAUAAGAUUUCAGGAAAUAAACUACUUUAAAACUAAA